AGUUAAAGUUGUUCGUUUCUGAUGAAUUGAAUGAAAGUUUCAGAAGUCAACAACACUGGAGAAGUCCAUCUGCAUUGACAGCAGAAGUAAGAAAAUGUAAGUGAGUGGAAAAAAUGUGCCUCAUUAGAAUACAUUUCCCUCCACUCUUUUUUUUCACGCGGCAAGACAAAACAUAAAGGGACAUUUCUGAGAAACCACAUUGACACCUCUGUGCAGCUUUACGGUGAUGCAGAGGAAAUUACAAAAAAUCUUGAACUUCACCUUUACCAGAAACUGGCUCCUAAGCAGGAUUUUGCACAAGAAGCAUGUGAUACAACUGGAUUGGGUUGAUGUGCUGCACAGGAAGCUAUCAGUUCACGAGCAGUGACUGAGGUAAAGAUGCAGAACUUGUCUGAUCUGGAGAUGUACGCCAGCUAUGAAUACAACGACACCUGUGAGCAGGAUUCUACCGAGGAGGUUCUCAUUGGAUCUGUGGUUCUCCCAGCCGUUUACUAUGUGUUGUUCUGUUUUGGAGUUUUAGGCAACAUCACAGUUCUCUGGGUUCUCUUGAGACACAUAAAACUAAAAUCAAUGACGGACGUGGGCCUCCUUAAUCUGGCCCUGUCGGACCUCAUCCUGGCCGUAUCCCUGCCUAUGUGGGCCAGCCAUUCUCAGAACAUUGUGUCGUGCAAAUUGUUGACAGGCAUUUAUCAGUUGGGGUUCUACAGUGGCACUUUGUUUGUGACGCUGAUGAGUGUUGACCGCUACCUGGCCAUCGUUCACGCUGUGGCUGCCAUGCGAGCCAGGACGCUUUGCUACGGCAUCAUAGCCACUGUUGCCAUCUGGGUCGCCAGCAGCGCCAUGGCUGCCCCUCAGGUCGUAUUCGCCUCGGUGGUGAUGGAUGAGGAGGACGGGGAGACAUUUCAGUGCCAACCCUGGUAUCCAGAUGAAAAUGUGGACUUUUGGAAAAAGCUGCGAAACUUCAGUGAGAACACAGUCGGGCUUUUCGUAUGUCUCCCAAUUAUGGUAUUCUGCUAUGUUAAAAUCCUCUUAGUGCUCUCCAAGUCCAGAAAUUCCAAAAAGAGCAAGGCUGUGAAGUUGAUCUUUACCAUUGUGUGCGUGUUUGUGGUUUGCUGGGUCCCCUACAAUGUGGUAGUCUUCCUCCAAACACUGCAGAUGUAUGAGUUGCUUAACGAUUGCAAGGCCUUGAAGGCCAUAACCUCUGCCAUCGGCUUCACUGAGAUCAUCGCACUCUCUCACUGCUGCCUAAACCCUAUCAUAUACGCAUUUGUAGGAGAGAAGUUUAGGAAGUCGAUGGAUAAGGCACUGAGUACAUACCUCGGCCGCAGAUAUUGGGGUAUACGCCACAGAGACAGAGACACCACGGAAGGAGAGACAUCCAACACUCCUGUCAAAUCAGAAUAUUGAAACGUUUUAGACACACACACAACACAAAUGCGGUCUUGUUACAGUAGGUGAAUGUGAGACUACAACGACAGACUGUGGUCUGUAACUAUAAGAUCUUUCUAAUUCGUCUUGUUCCAGUGGAAGGAAGGCCUCUCCUGAUUAAUGCAGCAGUUAAUCUCUUGGCCAAUCAGCAGCCACUUAUCAGCCAGACCAAGUCAGGUAAUGCAUUUAAAUGUGUGGCAUUUAAACUGAGGGUUAAUUCACUAAGGAAACUUGUUUUACCAACAGUUCCUAAAUGUGUCUUCUACUGAGAUGUACAGAGUGGUUUAGACUGUAGCUCUCUGUCAAGACUGCGUUCACACAGUCAAGAUUUAAAGAAGUGAAACAGAUAGACGUCAGUUAUUCCUGACAGACCCCAGACUGCAGACCACAAUCAUACAACAACUGUAUUUAUACAUGGUGUAAUACAGUAUCACAAAUGCAUAUCAAAUGCAUAAUGCAUAUGUCUCCAGGUUUUGUUAGGCUAAACAACACAAGGACACUGUUACAAUCUUGGAAAUAUCCAGAUAGCAGGCUGUACGUUACCAAUUUAUCCUUAAAACAAUGUUGUAGUUGUAAAAAAAUUACUAUAAUGUAAAGCUGUUAGAUCACUGUGAGACUUUGUAAAUAUAUGAACAUAUAUCAGGUAGUCAACAAAUAAAUAGAAAGGCAAAAAAGCGUAUGAUUCUUAGAAUAAAGUAAUAAGUUGUAUUUUUUAAGUAAAACAUUUACAAAUUACAUAAAUCAUAUCUAAAAUGUUUAAGUAGUGAAUUGUUUAGUGUCUGAUAUGAAUACAGCCUUUUAUGUUGUCUUUAUUUGUUUGACACUGACUUGGAUUAUUCUGCACUUUUUAAAAAAAAAUGGAUAAAGUUAGUGGAAGUUUUAUUUUUUUAUUUGAGAGUUCAAAGAAUUUUAAUUAUUAAACAAUAUUCUUCAUCCUUGAUGUAUAUUCCCAUUAAAAUUAUCUCU